ACAAGACAAGCACAUAGAUUGACGGAUAGAAAGCCUCUCAUUCAAUAUCCAAGUCAAAUAUUCAACCAUGACUAUCUCCUCGGGUCCUGAAACCAUCCACAAACCUCGCAUUCUGUGUCUCCACGGGGGAGGCGUAUCAGCCAAAAUCUUUCGUCUCCAAGCCCGGCGUCUGAUCAGCACACUGGCCCCAUAUUUCCGCCUCGUGUUCGCCAAUGGCCCUUAUGCCAGCGAGAUGCACGCUGACCUCAAACCAGUCUAUGGUCAAAUAGGGAAAGGGACAUGUCGUCGAUGGUCACGCUGGCUGCCACAUCACCAGACUUCUGACAAUAAAACUGCAAUAACUGAUAUCGAACAUAGUCUCUGUAUGGCAAUGAAAAUGGACCCGGGGACCGGGGAGUGGGUUGCGUUGAUGGGAUUCAGCCAGGGUGCCAAAUUAGCCAUCAGUAUUUUACUCGAGAACCAGUUCCGGAAACAAGAAGGUCCUCAUCUUGAAGGGUUUGCUGGCGUCUAUUGGAAGUUUGGAGUGAUUCUUGCAGGUCGCGCAUUGCCUUACGCUCUCAGCCAGAGAACGCUGGGCAAUCUAUACUUUGACCCCCCAGGCGAACUCCCGUUUUUGAAUGUGGAUACAGUCCAUUUCCCAGAUCAGUUACAGACACCGACUCUGCAUGUUCAUGGUUUGCGGGAUCAGGGAUUGGAGAUGCAUCGGCAACUACUCCAUCAUUUCACGAGCAGGGGAAGCGCAUUGUUGAUUGAAUGGGAUGAGGGCCAUCGUGUUCCGAUUAAGACGUGCGAUGUCAAUGCAGUGACAAGUGGGAUUCUUACAGUUGCAAAGGCUGCGAAUGUGUUGUAAAAGAAUAGUCUUUUAGAGAUCAUGGGUUGUGUAUAAUUGCUUAUAAUACUAGAAUUCAUUAUUAUUGCGAACACUACAUAUUAAAGAGAAUGAGUAGCUCAAGGAUUGGGGAAUCGGAAAGUCGAUUAUCCGGACUGUACGAGGUUAUAGGCGAGG